AGCACUAGAGAGAUAGCAUUACACUAGCCAGGAUUCAGGUGAUGACACUUUUGCUAAACACUCCUUUCGUGCUUCUGAAAUACCUGUAUGUAUAUUUUAUGGGCCAGUCUGGCUCAGUCUGAGGUGACCACAGAGGAGCGCACUUCGUAUCCAACACCUAAGUCCUUUUUUAGUUUCUAUAAACUAGGUGAAGGAAUUCCUGUUGAAUCUAAAAGGAAUAUUUCUCCACAAUAUUUCUCCACAAGGUUUGACUUGGCAAGCUGGAGCCAUCUGGACAGUCUCCGGAGAGAGUGCCUUUAUUAUUUCUGCUGUUAAUUCUACACAAACAGAUCUGCCACGGUUUCCAGAAGUAUUCAUGACUAUGAGCGAUAUGGAAAAAAAGAGGCCCAUCAUCGCAGGCAGAGAGAAAGGGCCCGGUCCAGGUCGCUACGCCCUGCCAUCAACCAUUGGCUUUAUAGGCCAUGACUUCACCAAGGCAACAAGUCCAGCAUACUCCUUCCAUGGAAGGAUGAGCGAUAAAAUGUAUUAUGUGGAUUCCAGUCCAGGGCCUCAGUAUCACAUUGAUGCAAAGGUCACUAGAUUUGGUAAAGAUGGCAGUCCUGCCUACUCCAUACUUGGCAGAAUGCCAGGUCCAAAGAGAAUAUUCAAGACGCCAGGACCAGGUGCAUACAGCCCAGAAAUAGCUCCUUUAUGCAGCACCCACCGGAGACCACCAUCCUACACCAUGGGCUACCGCACACCCUAUCGCUCUGCGGACACAGUGCCAGCUCCAAACAAGUACACCCUUCCAGCUCUUAUGGGUUCCCACGUGCUUACGAAACAUGCCAGUGCCAGCUAUACAAUCUCUGGGAGAUACGAGUCUGGUUGUCAUGCAGAAGACCUGUCAAAGACUCCAGGCCCUGGCAGAUACAACCGCACAGACCCCAACGUUUACCUCCCCCGACAACCAGCGUUCUCAAUGCGAGGUAAACAUGACAGCAGCCCCAGUGAGGCUCUGUUGAAACCUGGACCUGGAAGUCAUAACCCAGAGAACGUGACUGUGCAUAAGCGUCGAGCACCUGCUUACACUUUAGGUUUCAGACACUCUGAGUUUGUUACCCCUUUAGUAGUAGACAUAUAA